UUGCAUCUUUAAGCCUGUGUUUGUAUGACAGAACCCACCUGGAAGUGUUGCGUUAUGUUCCACCAGCCUCACUGUUCGUGUGUCGCUAAUGUGCAGCGAGGAGGAGCCGUUCACUGCUGAUGCGUUAUCACCAGGAGAGGGGAAAGGGGAGGGGAGGGCUUACAAGCCCAGUUCCGCGGAACAUCCUGCAAACAAGUCCGGGAGUCGAAACCAAACUCCGCUCAGUGUUUCCCCCACUUCCUCCCCCUCGCGGCGCUUCGCUCCCUCCGUGCUCGUGUCGUGAUGCCGCUCCGUGGGGAGGAAGUCUCAAAGCUAAAGUUAUAGUUGGCCCACACUCUGCAGGUCGAUUUUGCCCUGCUGGACAUAUGAGUGAGCGCCGUUUUAUUGUUUUCAUCUCCGAAUGCACGGCGGUGGGACAUCCGGCAUGGAGAGUCCGUAGGAGGAGGAGGAGGAGACCACGGUCGCUGCUGGUUUGAUAAAGAGAGCGCGAGCGCACCGACGCACGCGCUUUUCCGCGCUCGAGAUGGACUUCAAGAAGACAAAAUUUGGAAGGUACAUGAAUUGCAGGGUGCCGGCCAACAAGAGAUACCAGCCCACAGAGUACGAACACGCAGCCAACUGUGCCACACACGCGAUUUGGAUUUUUCCCAGCAUGGUGGGCGGGUCUGUGCUUUACUUCCUGUCUGUGGACAAAUGGCACCGGGUGGCUGCCUUACUCUAUGGGAGCGGCCUGACCGGCCUCUUCCUCACCUCGACGCUCUUCCACACGGCUGCCUGGAAGAUCAGCCAUCUCCGGAAGGUGGAGGAACGUUUCCACAAGUGUGACCGGAUGGCCAUCUACUUCUUCAUCGCUGCCUCCUAUUCCCCCUGGUUGAUGCUGAGGGAGCUAGGACCCUGGACGUACCACAUGCGCUGGCUGAUCUGGGUUAUGGCUUGCUUUGGGUCCACGUAUGUCUUUUUUUUCCACGAGAGGUACAAACUGGGAGAGCUGCUGGGAUAUGUGACAAUGGGAGCUGUUCCUGCAUUGGUCAUUCUGUCCAUGGUGAACCGUGCAGGUGUGUGCGAACUCGCUCUGGGAGGCAUCUUCUACGCGGUGGGCGUGGCCUUCUUCAAGAGCGAUGGGCUCGUCCCAUUCGCCCACGCCAUAUGGCAUCUUUUCGUUGCGGUCGGAGCGGGCAUUCAUUACUACGCCAUCUGGAGGUACCUGUACCUGGCGGGACCACAGCCACAGACGUCGAGGUGACGGACAGCUUUCCAGCCGAUCUCGCUGGAGAAAAAAUACGGGAAGCUGCCGAUUCGAAACCCGAAGGCGGCUACUGAAGGCUGCACUUAAUCGGACCGAAGGGUUUCAUCUUGGGUUGGUGCUGAUGAUUAAACUCUCAGUUUUACGGACAAAACACCUGAUCAAAGCCAGUACAGUAUGAUGAAUGGGAGCUUAUCCUAAUAUAUUAUUGUGAUUCUGCUGUUAAAGAGCUGACUAAGAGCAUUAUUUGUAUUAAGUUUUUAUUUGUUUCUCCAGCUCAAGGACUGGUAAACCUCAUCCAUGUGUGCCUAAAUGGAAAACUGCAAAAGUUUUAAGCACUUUAUGUGUUUUGAUUCUGAAGCCUACUUUUUUUAAGCAAUAACUCAUAUCACUGCUAAAAUAUUUUCUGUUGUUGCUAAACAUACAUAGGUUUAAGCACUGAAAUAUCUUCAGUAGAAUAAUUUAAGGUCUAUGGCGGCUUAAGUGUUGAAAUGGUUCACAUUUUGUCAUGUUACAACCACAGAUGUCAACGGGUUGAAUGGUGAUUUUAUGUGACAGUAACCCAACAAAAAAGUGGUGCAUAAUUGAGAAGUGGAAGAAGAAUAAUACUCAAACUUAUUUACGUUGAUGCCUACACUCGGAGCUGCAACAAAAGCUUAAAUCGAGUCAUAUUCGUGACAUUGAACGGCUCAAUUAAAGUCCAGACAUAGGUCAGGUUCUUUUGAAAAGAAGAAAUUUUAGUCUCAAAGUGCGUCAUUCCACCUCAAAAGCUUUUCAGUUACAUUUGCAGUGAAAGGGGGUUUUGCAAAACACAAGUGCACCGCACUUUUCAGACUUUCAUUGAUAAAGAAAUGCGAGAACCAUAUAUUUUUUUUCCACUUCAGUCAUAUCACAUAAAACCCCAUUAAACCACAUCAACGUUCAUGAUUGUAACAUGAGAAAAUGUCAAGUUUAAGGGGUAAGUGUACUUUUGCAGGGCAAUAUUGUUGGGCAGGAUUAAGAAAAACUAUUUUAUAAAGUGCAUAAUGGCUGCAGAUAAAUUAUCUCUGAAGCUAAAUGAAGAUCGUCGUCAGUGGAAAAACCAGAAUGUCUUUUCUAUGCUAAGUUAGCAUAGGAGCUACUUUAUGUUAGCAUGAAGCAAUAAUUUCCAAGAUGGUCGUUUUAAAGUGGUCCAGAUUCAGAGUUGUGAAGAGUUUCUAAAGGACUUGAAAAAUUGUUUGAGGGAGGAUUUUGGCUGUUUUUUCCAUGCAAGUCUAGUUCAAGUACCAGAUCCUGGUAGCAUGUUGUGUCAUGUGGAGGACAAAAGAAGAAGAAUCUCCAUCUUUUUCAGGACCCUUACGAAAUGCAUCGUUUUCUCCUUGGGAAUCACAACAUCUCAGCGAAAAUAGUAUUUUCCUUUUGUUAAAACAGGAAUCUGGUUUUUGCUUUUCAUUAGCUUCGACUGAAUACGUUGAACAAUUUGCCUCUUUGCAACAGGCUGCUGGUAACAAAGUGCCUAAAGAUCCAGUUCAAAAUGAGUUCUUUGCUCAGUUGGGUUGUGUAUGUUUGCACUCACCACUGAUUCAACAAUUAGCAUCGACAAUUACUGAAUAAUUUAUAGGCUGGACUUAGCUGACGUAAUGAACCACAUGAAACUGAUCAGCUGUUGGGAGUGAAAAUUAAAAGAAAUCUGAUAUCUCAAGGUUUUUUCACAGUAACUGUUUGUUUUGGGGUUCCAAAACUUACCAGCCACUUUUAAUUACUGACUUUAUCACGCGGUGAGAGUUUUAGGGAGGCAUUCUUUUAAGGAUACGCUCUGAGUUUCACUAAGAAGUUCUAGUUAAAGUCCACUCAUCCGGUGGACUGAGAGCGUGGGGAGCAAUGGAGACGGACCUAAAGCCUGCUGUGGAUCAACAGCUGCUCUCAGGAUAAAUGUCGUCUGAUUGUAAUUUUGUUGUUGAUUUUUGUUUGUGAAAGUGUCGCUAAUUAAUUUUACACGAUUUGCUAUAGUAACAUGCCAGGGGGCAAGUAACUUCAAACUGGGAUCGUUAAAGAUGCGUCACAGAGAACUGACAAAAGGAAAGGUUUUAAAUUGUCCAGGCUAUUCAAGACGCACUGCAGUGGAUCUAAAAAAAGUGUGUUCUGCCAGGCAAAUGAAAUGAGGCGAUAAAUUAUUCAUAACCUUUUUGGAAAUUUAACACGUUGCAUAUCCUGUAGUAGUUGGCUGAACUUCUACCCUUCUCCUGAUUGAUACCUUUGCACAGUGAGAUCAUUUUCACUAGAACAACUGACAUUUCAGUUUCAUCUGAUCUAGAAUACAGAAAUUAUCAGAUCAAUGCUGUGCUCAUUUAUGGAACCAGGUUUAUGAAGCUUUUAGAUUUUUUUUUUCUUUUUCAGCUGAUCUGCACUAAAAGUGGAAAAAAAAAAGCUUUGAAUUGAUUUUAUCUAAAUUUUUAUAGUCAUUUUAAUAGAAAGUUACACCACUGCAUUCAGACUGUACUCUGGACUGCGAUUGUCAGUUAUUUUGGUAAUAUAAUGCACUUAAACUCACAAGCACUUUUCUAUUCACAGAUGUGUCAUUUAAUGCAGAAUUUAAAUCAAACCAACUAGUCGAAUCUGGAUGAUCGUGUCGAUUUAAGCAUGUUGAGCAUGCAGGUUAUCCAUGAAAACAUUGACUUUUUUUUAUUGAUGACAGUAAAAGCCACAAGUGAGAGGAUUUUUCUACUGAAGUGUGUCACUGUUUUAAGACACUAUUGACUCAGGAAGUGAAGAACUGUGUGUGUGUUUUUUUAAUCAAGUAUUUCUUUUUGUAAAAAUGCUAUAUUUCAGUAAAAUCAUUGUAAUAAAUUUGACACUUCAAAAACCA